AUGCAUCCUAUUUUACGACGUUUCAUUAAGAAAAAAACACUUAGCCGUUAUUGUAUUUAUAAUAAUUUCUUUGUUAUUCGUUUAAAAUGGUAUUAUGAAUCAGAGCAAAUUAAAAGUUUUGUUCAUGAAUUAAUUCAAGAUGAUUUAAUACUUCGAGAAUAUAUUGGUGAUGGAUGUAUUCAUUCAGCUAUGCUUGAAAUUGAUAAUCGAGAUAAAGUAGAACGUCUUGCAAAUAUUCCAUAUGGUCACAAUUUGCAUGUGAUGCCACGGGGAUACGUGAAAGUAUUCGACGAAGAGAUGAAUAAAUCAUGUGAACAAUUGACAGUACUUAGAGAUGUACGAGGCAUAUUAAAAUGA